UAAAAGUUCGGUCAAUGACCGAGAUUCGAAUUUAGCGGGUAAACUUUCGAACGCGGUCAUGCGCAGUGCGUUUGCGGACCAAAACAAAAAAUGGAGACACGUCAAAGAAAAAAGCGAAAAAGCCCUUCUAACGACAUCAUUUUCGAAGUGUGCGACAAUGACAUGUCUUCGGGAAACAGUUCCAAUGACGAGGGCGAACCGGAACCGAAAAUUUCCAAAAUGGUGGAGAAGGAGGCUCAAAAUACGAGUUCUAACCUAGAAAAAAUCUCUGAGAGGAUUCUUUCGGCGAAAAAUGCGUGUAAAGAGGAGAAAAUGGAAGGAUGUGAGGAUAGGAAUUCUGCAAUUCCUAACGAAGAUGGUGUUUUGGAGGAAUCUGUAGUGGACAUAAUCGAAAAUGCGGAUUCUAUUUUGAGUAUGGAGGAGGGCGAGUUAAAUGAAGCUGUGCUACUUGAAAAGACGGUUUUAUUGGAAAAUGAUGAAACUGUUUUGGUAGAGAAUGAAAAAACGCAAAUCCUUGAUGAAAGCAAAAAUGAAAAUAAUGUCGCCAAUGUCAAUGAUUGUGACACUGCUAUAAAUGAAAUGACUGAAACUAUAUCAAUAACUUUUUCCAACAAAAAUAUAUCAGACCUGUACAAAGAUAAAUUCAUCCAAUUUAUCAAAAACUUUGUUGAAUUUGAUGUUCAGUCAGAUGAUUUAUCGAUUCAAAUUUCCAAAGAUCAAUUUUUGAACCCCUCGGAAUGGGUGGUCUUAGAUGAAAGCUUAUGCAAAGAAAAUAAAGACAUAAGUGUUGUUGAUUUGGUCACCCCUGUUAAGAAGCACAAGAAAAAAAACAAGAGCAAAAAGAAUCUAGAUUUAUUCAUACUAGAUACAACACCUUCAGAAGAAGACAGUGCAGUGCAAAUGAAAUACAAUAGCAAGUUUUUGAUUGACGCUAAUGGAGGCGAAAAGGAGGAGGAAAAAUUAUCGAAUGUUACCUGUUUUAAUUGUGGAGGGGGUCACUCUUUGAGAGACUGUAACAUUCCCAAAGAUUUUGCUAAAAUUAACGCCGCCAAAAAGAAGUACAUGCAACCAAAAAACGCCCGUUAUCAUUUGGAAGACGACCAGCGUUUUGGCCACAUAGUGCCUGGCCAAAUAUCGGACAGUUUGAGGCAUGCUCUUGGUUUGAACAAAAAUCAAGUGCCUCACUACGUUUACUACAUGAGGUUUCUCGGUUAUCCGCCAGGUUGGCUUGAGGAGGCGAAAUUCGUGCAUUCCAAUCUUGACAUGUUUGAUAUUGAUGGGAAAAACGUUCAAAACAAAAAAUCCGCCAAAACUGGACUGGAUCCGGACAAAAUUGUGGAAUAUGUUGGAUUUAAUGCUCCUUUUGAGAAAGGAUUUAAAGAUGAAUACAGAAAAUUUAACACUCCGCCUUACUCAGCCGAGUGCAGUAAACAGGCAAUGUUGGAUUAUUUCGAAAAAGAGUGCGUCAAAGAUAACGACAACUUAAACUCCACCGACAUGGACUUGGACGAAUCGGAAAGAGACGAAGAAGAAGAAGAAGAAGAAGCUAAAAAUGCACAAGAGAACGAAACGUUGCCUGUUAACGAAAGCUUGGUGAACAAAUCUCUGAACACUCUGGAGGAGCAGAAGAUAAAGCUGCUGGAAGAGCUGAACAACAGCAUGGAAGAAACGGAAGAGUCCAGAAGCGAAAAGGUGGAAACGCCUCCGUUGGUGGUAAAAACCGUACUCGACACGAGUUACGGGACCCCGAUUCUGAAGAGCUCCUCGCCCUACGUGAGGCUUCCGAACGCGGAUAACUUUUCCAAGGACGUGAGCCCGGUUAUAAACUUCGAAAACUUGCCGAACUCGACCGGAAAGUACGAGCAAAUGACCGGGGUCAUACAAAAAGUGCGCACCACCCUGAAAACCUUGCAGAGCUCGUGAGGGUCUUUUAUCGCAUACAUACAUGGGUCUACAUUUGUACAAAUCUUUUACACUAAACUUUCAAGCUGGUACAAUAAAUUAUUUGUAUAUUUUCAUAGUGUAUUAUGUACGGGUUAACAUAUUAAUUAUGUUGUAAAUUUUUUAUUAUAAGUAUGUAAACUGUUUAUAAUACUUGACUAUCUAUAAUUGUCUAUAGAGAUUUCCGAUGAUUGAUUUAUGUAGGAGCCGUAGUCACGUGG